AUGGGUGGAGACGUUCUCCGACAAGCUCCCAGCUCUCUGCCACGCGCGCCCGAUGGCCCCGUCGGCCAACGCAUCAGGAGCAUCUACACAGACCGUCUAAAACAGUUUACUUCCAAGGGCCAGUACGAGAAUCAGAAUCUAAUAGGGAAGCUCUUCGAGGCCACCAACUCGGACAAGGACCACGUCAAGCUCUCAGUCUAUUCCGUUCCAGACCUCCAACGCCCGACCUUCAAGGACGCUACCUCCCAUGACUUCAAACCUACCCAUAUUGGGGCAUCUUUCGGCCCUAGUUGGUCGACCCACUGGUUCCGAAUUCGGUUGACCAUCCCAGAAAAUUUGCGGGAUAAGGAACGACUAGAGUUCCACUGGGAUGCGAAUAACGAAGGCUUAGUAUGGACCGAGGAUGGUCGCCCGUUGCAGGGUCUUACCGGUGGUGGGGAGCGAGUCGAGUGGAUUAUCCCUGACGCUUGGCGCGAUGGGAAAGAGCAUGUCUUUUACAUUGAGAUGGCAUGCAACGGGAUGUUUGGAAAUGCCCCUGGCUCAGAUUCCAUUCAACCACCGAAACCGGAUACGUAUUACACCCUGAAUACUGCGCGGAUUACUGCGGUCAAUCUGGAGGCGCGAGCUUUGUUCUAUGAUUUCUGGAUCAUAUCUGAUGCCGCUAGGGAAUUUCCUGCUGAGGGCUGGGAGUCUCACGAGGCCAACGUGGUGGCCAAUUCCAUCAUCGAUGCUUUUAUUGCGGGUAAUGGAAGCUUAGGAUCAAUCAAAGAAGGACGCAAGAUUGCGCAGAAGUACCUUGGAGACAAGGUAGAUUCGGCAGAAGUAUACGAAACCGGCACUCAGCCGAUUGUAUAUGGCAUAGGGCACUGCCAUAUCGACACCUGCUGGCUUUGGCCGUGGGCAGAGACCAAGCGUAAAGUCGCGAGAUCGUGGUCGAAUCAGUGCGACCUCAUGGAUCGCUACCCGGAGCACCGUUUUGCUUGCUCUCAGGCCCAGCAAUUCAAAUGGCUGAAGCAGUAUUAUCCCUCGGUGUUUGACCGUGUCAAGGGUUGGGUUAAGAAGGGUCACUUUCAACCAAUCGGUGGUAGCUGGGUCGAGCAUGAUACCAACAUGCCCAGCGGUGAAUCACUCGUUAGACAGUUCCUCUACGGACAAAGGUUCUUCGAAAGCAAUUUCGGGGAACGCAGCACGACUUUCUGGCUUCCAGAUACUUUCGGCUACUCCACGCAGAUCCCACAGAUUUGUCGACUAGCAGGCAUGAGCCGUUUCUUCACACAGAAACUUAGCUGGAACAACAUCAACAACUUCCCACAUACAACCUUCAAAUGGGUUGCGCUCGACGGAAGCCAAGUUAUGUGCCAUAUGGCCCCGUCGGAAACAUACACUGCCGAUGCCCACUUUGGAGACGUAAAGCGCAGCGUAACCCAACACAAGUCUCUGGAUACGGACAACACAUCGCUUCUUGUUUUUGGUAAAGGUGAUGGUGGCGGUGGGCCUACAUUUGAGCACCUAGAAAAGCUUCGUCGCUGCCGUGGCCUCAGUGACAAGACGGGUUCGCUUCCGCGAGCAUCGAUGGGCGGCUCUGUUGAUGAUUUCUUCGCGAAACUGGAAAAGAGAUCCGCAGAGGGUACACCAUUUCCAACGUGGUACGGAGAGCUCUACUUUGAACUGCACCGCGGUACCUACACCACACAGGCGAACAAUAAGCGCAAUAACCGUCGAGCUGAGUUCUUACUUCGAGAGCUGGAGUUCCUGGCGACACUUGCAUCUGUGACCCAGUCCAACUAUGACUAUCCUAAGAAGGAAAUUGACGAGAUGUGGGAAGGAGUGCUUAUCUGUCAAUUCCACGAUUGCCUACCGGGUAGCUGUAUUGAAAUGUGCUAUGACGAUUCAGACGAACUGUACGCCCAGAUCUUUGACACCGGUCUGAAAGCACGAGAGGGAGCUCUCGAAGCUCUCGGGUUCAGCAGAGAUGGUACAAUUCCAGUCGCCAUCAAUACCCUACCAUGGGACAGGUCCGAGGUGGUUAAGCUCCCCAAGGGGAUGGCCACAACCGGGUCCAACCAUGCGCCGAUGAGUGGAGGUCUUGGUGUCAUCCCACAAUCCAAAGCCAACUCUAGGGCCUCUAAAGUCAGCGUGAACGAGGUCAAGCCCGGAGUGUUCCGCCUUGACAACGGAAAACUGCGACUUGACGUGGAGAACGGCAUCAUAAAAUCACUAUAUGAUGUUGAUGCAGACCGCGAAGUCAUCGCCCCAGGCGGCAAAGCCGGUCAGCUAGUUAUCUUCGAUGAUAAGCCUCUCUACUGGCAAGCAUGGGACGUCGAAGUCUUCCACCUCGAAUCGCGCAAAGAACUCCAAUCCGGCAAAACCAGUAUCGCUGAGAACGACCCCUACCGCGUCAGCGUCGUCACCGAAACGAAGAUUAGCGAGAACAGCUGGGUCAAGACAACCAUCAGCCUCGCCGCUGCCUCGGAAGGCAGACUGUCUCACGUCGAGUUCGAAAGCGAAGUCGAAUGGCAGGAAACGAUGAGAUUCCUUAAAGUCGAAUUUCCUGUCGACAUCACAAACACUGAGGCGUCCUACGAAACUCAAUACGGUAUCAUCAAACGCCCAACUCACUACAACACAAGCUGGGACAUGGCCAAAUUCGAAGUCUGCACACACAAAUGGGCCGACCUGUCAGAAAACGGCUACGGCGUAUCCAUCCUCAACGACUCCAAAUACGGCUUCGCAACAUGCGGCAACCUCAUGCGUCUUUCCCUCCUCCGUGCCCCCAAGGCGCCAGACGCCCACGCCGACAUGGGCCGCCACUCAAUCCGCUACGGUAUCCUCCCGCAUACCGGCCCUCUAGACUCUCGAACCAUCAGGGCCGGAUACGAGUUCAACCACCCGCUCAUCCUCGACAACUCCCUAUCUCUACCCAACAAAUCAAGUGUAGACUCCGUCACCGCGAUCCUCCGCAAGAUCGGACUCACGGGGUCCCCGUCCUUGGUACUUGACGCAGUCAAGCGCGGUGAAGACGACGAGGAUAUCGACAGCGAUCCGGAUAUCUCGCUCCCAGGCGCAAAGCGCAAGGGCCAGAGUAUUAUUCUGCGAGUUUACGAGAGUCUGGGUGGGAAGAGCCGCGGCACAAUUAGAACUGAGUUCCAGGUUAAGCGUGUGUGGAAGUGUAAUGUCCUUGAGGAUGAUGAGGCGCCGCUUGAUGUUGCGGAUGAUGGGGAUGGGUGGAAGAGGGUUGGUAUUGAGCUGAGGCCGUUUGAGGUUGCGACGUUUAGAUUGCAGUUGUAG